AUGCCCACCCACUCUCCUCGCUCUGCCAAUCGGCCUCGCAGGCAUAACAAAACAUUCACAGGCUGCUGGACCUGUCGCGCACGCAAGGUGAAAUGCGACGAGGGACGACCAGUCUGUCGCCAAUGCCGCCGGAGAGACAUUCCCUGCGGUGGAUAUGGGAUCCGACUGCAGUGGAUGGCACCCGGGACUGGGCUGGAGGACGAUAGCCAGGGAGUUGGUAAGCAGCCGGUUCUAACUGGAUCGUGUAGACGGCGGCUCAUGUCCGGUGACAAUGAGGACGCACCUCCAUCGUGUCAGGUUGAUGAGGCCCUGGCUGCUAUCGAUGCGAUAAAGCCAGGGCAGGUUGAUUAUCAAGGAGACGGGGAGGUGUCUUCUACAUUUGUAGGAGGUUUUGGUGUAUUCGACUUGUCGAAUUCCGAUCGCGAUGCAGCUCCUACAAGGACUCCUCCAGAAACAGCCUGCGCGUCUAUCCCACCAUCUCCAGAUCAAGAAGACUCCGCUACGGUCGCUGAAGAGAUUGCCGAUGCAAUACCGACAAUCACAGCUCCUAUUCCGGAGGAAGAGAUCUAUCCCAUCGAGAGACCGUACAUGAACCCUUUUAACUCGCUCCAGCUCGCCACUGAAGACGAACCUCUUGCACUUGACCCUUUCAGCGAGUUCGAUAUAUUUGGUUUUCAAGGCAUAGACAGCUCACACCCUGCCCGAGAUACCUGGGAAAUCAGUUUCAGUCCUGUCAUUCCACGGUCUCUGUCUCCGGAACAUCUGUCCAGCAAUGAACGCCUCUUGAUGCACUACUACGGCACCACGGUCGUUCACCUGUUCCCAGUCCUUGAUAGUCCCAAAAGCCCUUGGAAGACCGUUCAUCUACCCCGCAUGUUGCAAAGCGCUGGCGAGAUGGUUGUUGACGGCUCGACUUCCCAAAUCCGAGCUGCUCUGAGGACUACAUUGCUAUCAGUCAGCGCGUUCUAUUUAUCCAAGCACAACAGGCUCCAGUCCAGGAGCGAUGAAGCGACAAAAUGGAGGAGAGAGGCUAUGCACUUUCACGGCACGGCCAUGACUCUGCUUAAGGAUUCUGUUAAGACCAGGUCUACAUCUACUGUCAGGCCAAAAUAUAAGGAGUUCCUGGCGACUAUGCUUUCUAUGAUCUCCAUCAAUGUCAUAUCGGGUGAUAUCGCCAGCUGCGGUCUUCACCUAGACGCUGCCUGCAGGCUGAUUACUGAGACCGCAAAGUGGAAGACGCAGUACUCAAACAAGGCCAAAGCUCUUCAUCGCAUCUACUUCUAUUUACGCACUAUCUACGAGAGUACAGCGAUUCGCGCUCCUCCUAUAAAAGCUUCCGAGACGGACGCCACAUCUCCAUCAUGUUAUGGAUUUGAUGCCGUUCUCGAGGGCUCACUGUUGGUGACCUCGCCAUUUGCAGGCCCCGACGACACGAAACAGGCCGGUGCCUAUGAAAGCAUAUAUGCCAUUCCGAAGAGCCUACUAGUAUUCCUUGGUAAAGCCACCGACCUUAUUAACGCCGUCUACGAGGUACGAGAGAUCUCUCAAAACAAGAACAUUCCGUCGCCGCUGGCCGAAAGAUGCGACGAGUUGGAAACGAACAUCAUGGACUGGCAAACCGACACCGCACAUACAGAUGUCACAUCAAGACUCGCAGCAAACACAGGCAUUAUUCACGAUAUGACGCGGGCCUUCCACAAGGCCAUCGUAAUAUACUUUGCACAACACAUAAGACUCUUAGACCAUCGAUAUCUGAAGCCAUUCGUCGAGGAGGUGCUCGAGGGCAUUGAAGCCGUUGAACGGAUAAAAGCCGAGUGGCAAGUCCAAGCAUCCCCUCUGUACUGGCCAGCAUUUAUUGCAGCCAGCGAGACCUUCGACCCUCGCCUCCAAGACCGAUUUAGAGCCUGGUAUGCGCAGGUGGAGCCGCAUGCUAUUGGGUCUAUGAGCCCCGGCAUCGGUGUCCUCGAGCAGGUUUGGGCAGAAGGGCCGGGCGAUGGAGACCGGAAAACGAGUCUGUGGAGGCAAAUCGCGGCGAGAAAUAACACGGCUCUGAUGUUAACGUAG